ACAUGUGUCAACGUCUAUUUAGAGUGCAGCAGUUGAAUAUACAACUUAGAUGUGCAUUACUGCUCUUAGCUAAGGAUGGUUGGAGAAAACAAGUAUGAAAUGUGCAUAAAUAAAAUGAGAUGUGCUUUUUAAGUAAAUGUCCAAAUAACCUUUUCAGAAUUUUCUUAGGGAAUUGUAGAAGAUUUCCAAAGCUGUUGUGGGAAAUAUUGACAAUAUGGCAAUGGAACAGAACAUUUUUUGUGUCUCGCUGGGUAAACUGGCUUAGAGAAUACUUACCUUUUGGAAAAUGAUAAAAUGAUUGUGUUUUAAGGAAACAAAAUGAAUCUACCUGCAUUUGAAGUCUUGCUUUUAUUGCUCCCUAAGCAGCAUGCUCACAGCAUGGCAGGGGACGACAGAUGUUUGCUCUCUAUUUUUUUUUAAAUGCACUUCUGGUGCUGAGCUCUGUGUCAGGAGCAGUCUUCUGUUCCUUCAUUGGCUGGUGGGAGAAGUGGAAGUCAGAGGGGAAGCCUGGAAUAAGCUGAUUUUUCUUCUGGAACCAGAUGGAAGCUCAGAAAUCCCUUAUCUCUAGCAACCCAUAAAGUGGUCAAGCAGUCACGUUCAGUGAGUCAAGCCCUUCCACUGUCACCAUUUUAUGCUGAAUGGUUUUAAGGUGCUUUCCAAAUUAUAGUUCCUUUCCCCAUCCUUAAAAGGAACACUUGCAAGGCAGUGACAGUCAUUUGACAUGUCAUGAAACUGCUCUAGGCUUCCACGAGUCAAUUUACCCUGGGUUUCUGUGGCUCAGUGAUACUGGUGCUGGUUAUCAGCAGCCAAACAUGCCUGUGCUGUGUCUUGUUCUGCCUCACGGCGUUUCCUUUAGCACAGGGAGAUGUUUCCCUCAGUGCAUGUUACAGUUCACUUCAGAGAACUUCAGUGAAAUGGGCUUUUCACCUCCAGCAUUUUCCUGGCAAGUUCUGAAGCCCAUCUGAGAUAUAAGAAAUUAGGAAAUAUUAGAAAUGCUGUAUUUCCUAAUGUCAGGAAAUGAAGGGAGAGAGUUAACUGUGCAAGUUAGUCACAAGUUAAUUCAGGUUGUGGCUAAAAAUGAUGGAUUCCUGUAGUAUUUAAGGACCAUGCAUCACUGAGGGUACACUGUUAUUUUUAUGUGUUACAAAGUAUUUUUUGUUCCUGCUGCUGUUCCCCCUCCAUGCAGUCAAACAUCAGGAAUUAUGCUUGCUAGUGAACUGGAGUUUGCCUUGCAAUCCUGCUCACAAGUUGUUACCAUUUUUAUUAUGGGUGUUGUCCUCUAUGACUCAUGCGAUGCUAAAAUUUAAAUUAUGUGGCAGAAGCACAUGUGCUUAAUAAAUUAAGAUCACUCACUUUGGGCUAUAAUCUCUGCAUAUGCACAUAUGUUUGUAUAUAGAUUAUGUCUAAUAUAAAAUAAUGCAACGCAAACAGAAUAUGCACAUAUCUGCAUGCACCACACUGCUGCACAGAGACCUGGGAAGGGCUGCAUGUGACAGUGCUGCUUUCCAAGGCACUCCGUGGUGCACCUGUGCUGUUGUACCUGUGCCCGGGCAGUGAAGAGGCCCUGGUGCAGAGCCUGGGGCUGGCUACUCCCCUGGCUGGCUGAGUGACAGUCCCUGGGGUAUAAAAGGGCCCCUGGGCCGGGCUGUGCUGGGUGUAGCUGAUAGAGCAGCAGGCAGAGGGCUCGUCCUGGGGAGCUGGAGAGCCUGGGCAGGUUGUAGCCACCGACAGCUCUGAGCCACACAAAAUGCGUGAAAUCGUGCACCUGCAGAUUGGCCAGUGUGGGAACCAAAUCGGAUCCAAGUUCUGGGAGGUGCUUGGUGAGGAACAUGGGAUUGACAUCACUGGGAACUACCGUGGGGAUUCACCACUGCAGCUGGAGCGAAUUAACGUGUACUUCAAUGAGGCUUAUUCCCAUAAAUACGUGCCCCGUUCCAUCCUGGUGGACCUGGAGCCUGGGACGAUGGACAGCGUCCGGUCCAGCAGAAUCGGGCCCCUCUUUCGACCUGACAACUUUAUCCAUGGUAAUUCAGGCGCUGGCAACAACUGGGCCAAGGGCCAUUACACGGAAGGUGCUGAACUGAUUGAAAACGUCAUGGAUGUGGUCAGGAACGAAUGUGAGAGCUGUGACUGCCUUCAGGGGUUCCAGCUCAUCCAUUCCCUUGGUGGUGGCACGGGCUCAGGCAUGGGGACGCUCCUCAUCAACAAGAUCAGAGAGGAAUAUCCCGACAGGAUCAUGAACACCUUCAGCGUUGUGCCCUCACCCAAGGUGUCCGACACGGUGGUGGAGCCGUACAACGCCAUCCUCUCCAUCCACCAGCUGAUAGAGAACACGGAUGAAACCUUUUGCAUUGACAACGAAGCUCUGUAUGACAUAUGCUUCAGGACAUUAAAGCUCACCAAUCCCACCUAUGGGGACCUCAACCACUUGGUGUCCCUAACCAUGAGCGGCGUCACCACCUCGCUGCGUUUCCCCGGCCAGCUGAACGCGGAUCUACGGAAGCUGGCGGUGAACAUGGUGCCCUUUCCUCGCCUGCACUUCUUCAUGCCCGGCUUUGCCCCGCUGACAGCUCGGGGCAGCCAGCAGUACCGGGCCCUGACGGUGCCAGAGCUCACCCAGCAGAUGUUCGACGCCCGGAACAUGAUGGCAGCCUGCGACCCCCGCCGCGGGCGCUACCUCACCGUCGCCUGCAUCUUCAGGGGCAGGAUGUCCACCAGGGAAGUGGACGAGCAGCUGCUGUCCAUCCAGACCAAGAACAGCUCCUACUUUGUGGAGUGGAUCCCUAACAAUGUGAAGGUGGCCGUGUGUGACAUCCCGCCGCGAGGGCUGAAGAUGGCAGCCACGUUUAUUGGCAAUAACACGGCCAUCCAGGAGCUCUUCAUCAGGGUGUCCGAACAGUUCUCGGCCAUGUUCAGGAGGAAAGCCUUCCUCCACUGGUACACGGGGGAAGGCAUGGAUGAGAUGGAGUUUUCUGAAGCAGAAGGUAACACCAAUGACCUCGUGUCCGAGUACCAGCAGUACCAGGAUGCCACUGCAGACGUGGAGGAAUUUGAAGAGGUAGAAGUGGAAGCAGAAGCCAAGCCAGAAAAGGAAGCAGAGUAAAAAGCAUCAAAACCCUCUCUGAAUGAGCCUGUCCACAUUCACUAAAGACAAAGCAAUAGGCAUCAUCUGCAUACCCAAAAUAACACAUUUCUUCAGAACAACUUCUGUGCAUCUGGCCAAGUAUAUCUGAUAUUACAACACAGUGCUUUGAAAUUAAUGGCAGCUCUGCUUUUUUGUCUUAAAUAACUGUUGAGAUCGAAUCUCUCCCAAAACCGAUCCACUCUGAAGACACGUUAUCUCUCAGCAGCCUUUCCUGUAAAUGGAUUCACUUUUAGAACAUGAUCACAGAUACUGAAUGUACUAUACAGCCACUGUGCCUGUGUAUAUAGACCAGGAUCUUAAGCAAUAGCAAAAUGUGCUGUCAGCUCAUGGCAUUUAUUUAUUCUCAGGUAAACACAGUCCCUGCUGACUGUGAACUCGUUACUGUUUUAGGAACAUGUGCACAUCUCUGAGGCCUCCAAAGGCAGUGACUCUUUGAUCACUCCACAGACUGAUGUACAUCUGCAGAAACAACAGGGGGCAAAUGACUGAAUGUGCACAUUUUUAUUUUAUAAGUACUCUGAUUGUUCUGUCACAUUGCUGGCUUAUAUUACUGCAGAGCUUGUAUUCAUUAUCAUGGUGUGGUUUGUUUCUAUCUCUAACUACAGGUUGAGUUACAUUAGCACACUAAGUUGUGACAUUGUGUUAGAGUUUUGGUGUGGUAUUUUUUUUCCUAGGUACUAACUACUGUAAAUUUUUUUUUCCCUAACAUUCAGUACAACAAAAAUUACAUAGAAUGGUUUGUAGUUUGUUAAUAUAAAUUCUAUGGCAGUCACUAAAAAUCUUAUUUUGCCUUCGGUGAAAAAAAAAUUCUUGCCAUCACAGCUGCCUACUUAAUGUAUUUAUAAUAUUCUUUUAAAUAAAGAUUAUAUACCAUUCUAUGAAA